AUGCUGUCGUCUCAUACGCUCUGCAGAUCAACGCUUCUCGCAAUUCUCUUCAACGCGUAUCCCACACUCGUUUCCGCCUCGGGCUCAUUCCUCUCUAAUACACUAGUUCGCGAAGGUCAGGUUCAGGAAGUACUAGAGCAUCAAACGACAACGAAGGUCCCAGUUUGUGGUGCACCACCGACAGGCCCAAUAGAAACCACUUCGUGUGACUACGAAACCGUAGAAAGCGUCAAUGUGGAUUUAUUUGCGAAUCUGAAGGAGCUGGUCAGGCUUCCAUUCUUCAAAUACUUUCAGGUUGACCUCUAUCGGGAAUGUCCAUUUUGGGAGGUACCAGGAUCAUGCAAGGACAUCCAAUGUGCUAUAACUACAGUAGACGAGAGCGAGGUGCCAGAGAGGUGGCGAGCCGCUGCUCUCAGUCGAAUCGAUCCCUCGUCCGUAGACAAGAAGCACCAAUUGCCCGGCUGCUAUUACCGCGAUUCAGACUUCUGCUUCUUAGACGAUAACACAGAAGGCGAUUACUUCGACCUCUCCCUUGUCCCUGAACGGUUUACUGGAUAUGCUGGAACAUCCGCAAACAAUGUGUGGAAAGCAAUAUACCAAGAGAACUGUUUUGGACUUUCUGAGUUCAAUCUUCUGGCGUCAAAGUCGUCCGCUCCUGUCAGCCUCCCCGAGGACAUGACUGGAGCUCUAAGAGAAGAUGGUCAAGAGCCUGAUGAACAAUGCCUAGAGAAACGUGUGUACUACAAAGUUAUUUCAGGGUUACAUGCCUCAAUAUCUACCCAUAUCUGCCAUGAAUACUUUAAUCAAUCCACUGGGGAGUGGUACCCUAAUUUACCCUGCUUCAUUCAAAGAGUAGCGUCACAUCCAGAACGUUUACGUUACAUCUACUUCAACACAGUACUCCUCUUGCGUGCCGUCGCUCGCAUUUCCCCGUAUCUUUCUGCCUACGAUUACUGCUCGACGGGCACGCAUGAAGAAGACUCAGAGACGCUCUCACGGCUUAACAACAUAAUAGAUAUUGCGAAAGUCGCUGGGAAGUUCGACGAGACCGUCCUCUUCCGCGGAGAAAACGCCAACAUGGUCAAGGAAGAGUUUAAGGUCCACUUCCGUAAUGUCACCCGGAUAAUGGAUUGCAUCGGAUGUGACAAAUGCCGGCUCUGGGGAAAGGUGCAAACAACGGGCCUUGCUACCGCAUUGAAGAUCCUGUUUGAGCUUGAUGAGAAGGCCCUCAACCCACAUACCAAUGCGAACUUACUCCAGCGUGCUGAAGUCGUGGCCUUAUUCAAUACCUUGUACAGAUUCAGCGAGAGCUUGGACGCCGUUGAGGAGUUCCGCCGACUGUGGAAAGAUCGGGACACGGACUCUGUUGCAGAAACAGAAACGGGGCAACGAGUUCCACGUCCAUCUCCCUUGGCCGGUCAGUCGCAGCCUAGCACCUUGCUAGAAGGGUUACGGCUAGGUCUUUCCAGUCUCAUGGAGAUCUGUACCGAUAGCAUCAGUCGCUGUGGUUCCGUGGUAUUGGAGAUCUGGGAGGAGAGCUCUCGGACACUUCGUUCACUAUUUAAAACGUCGGGCAAAGAGGGCGGACCGACUAAUCCUAAUUAUGUCGAACUUUGA